AUGGCGGACCCUUCCACGAGCGGCGGCGACCGCGGCCAUGGGGCCACCAUAUCGGAGGUCUGGUUGCAGCAGGCAACAGAGAACCAACAUGAUUAUAACGAAGGCGUGUCAUCGCCAGUUUCACUGCUGGACAAUGGGUGGGACCAAAGUACUCCAGCUGCAAAGAGGAAAAAGAAUGAUGUGAAGAGCACUGUCAGCAACAAGAGGCAGUGCACAAAUAAGAGGCCCCAGGAAGCUGGCCGCUCCUUUAUCAGUUCCGCGGCAAACUUUCUCAUCAACUCUGGCACUCGCAUGUCAAAGAUGUUUCAGGGUGCCCCAAGAAGUGUUGGCUGCAGCCAAUCUUCCCCUGAGGAUUUGACAGGCGAAGAUGUUGGGGCUGACAGGCCAAGCACAUCUGCAGAGGCCUUGGAUGAGUUUAUAGCGGCGAGGAAGCAGGAAGAGAAGGCAAGGAAGCUGAGUCGAUGCCGGUUUGGUGCAGACAGGGGGAAGAGGCCAUCAGGGAAAUUACUGGGGGCCAGCCAACGGCCUUGGAUGAGGUUCCCAGAAGAUCGGCCUCGGCAGGGUCCAAUAGCAUAUACUCUCGUGGGGACAGCUGUGGGCAAAAGUCCAGACCCUCCAAGAGCCGACUCGGAGUUUUGCCGGAUGCUUGUGAGUGACGGCAGUGCAGGAUCGCAGGCAGCAUCCAUGAAGUCCAAGAAAGCAAGGGAGAGCGAACAUUCUCCUUGGAAGUGCUGCAACAAGGACCAGAAUUCCACAGUAAAACCAUCCUCAAAGGUCUUUGGGACACAAAGGAGUCAGGCUCCCUGGCGGAGCCCGGCUUCACGAAAGCAGGCAGACCUCAUUGUGAUCGACGACGAUGAAGAUGACAUGGAAGGGUCCCCAAGCAACAAAGGUGCCAGGGAGACACAUGAUUUGUGGAAGGGGGUGGAGCAUUUGCGCUAUAACACACGCAACUCUGAGCAGAAGGCCAACAGGUCAAGACUGCUGAAGGAUGUGAAAGCAGUGUACCCGCCAGAAGGAGGCUUCGGUGCUGUGGAAAUAACAAUGGAGGACCUGAAGAGGCUGGAGCCCUCUGAAUUCCUUAACGACACAAUUAUUGAUUAUUACACCAAGCUCCUGUACCAGCAUUGCGAUGCAUCGAAGAAGGAGCUUUUCCAUGUGUUCAACAGUUUCUUUUACAAGCAACUAGCAGAGGCGGCAGGCAGCACCUUAGAGGCGAAUGCACAGUGCCCUGGAUAUGAUCGUGUCAAGCAUUGGACCAAGGUGGACUUGUUCGCAAAAGAGUAUCUGUUUGUGCCCAUCCACGAGGCGCUCCACUGGACGCUGGCGAUUGUGUGCCACCCUCUAAGGGCCUUUUCCUUUCCCAACAACGAGCAGGAUGGGGAAAAGACACCCUGCAUACUUCAUUUGGACUCAAUGUCAGAUGGACACUGCAGCAAGGCCGUCAGUGCGCGCAUAAGGAGUUACUUACAGUGUGACUGGCUGCGCAAGCAUCCAGACGCCGGAGAACCACUGCAGGAGUUCAGGAUAAAGCGUGUUGAUGUGCCUAGGCAGAACAACCACUGCGACUGCGGCCUAUUCCUCCUAAUGUACAUGGAGUACUUCAUGCAUGCUCCCCCUCAGGCCAUCAAUGUUGAACGCCUUGACAAGCUGCCACGGGAGCACUCCUUCAAGUACUUCCUGUCCAAGACGUGGUUCAAGUGCUCCAACAUGAUUCCCUUCAGGCUGCACAUCAAAAAGUCGAUCCUCUUCCAUAUGAUUGAGAGGUACAACAAGGACAACGACAUCAGCAGUAAAGAGGAGGAAACGGGCGCACAAGAGCGGGAGAAGAGAAUGCAACAGCAGCAGACGCUGACUCUGCUGAAUGAAAUUCUUGAGGCUAGUGAGCACAGGACACACGGUGUUUACAAGAAUGUGGAACAAGUCCAGGAGAUAAAUGAGGCACUGUUCAGGGCAAGCAACAGAAACGCUUCAAGAGAGCAGCAGGACAGAUCCAUGUGCUUGGAUGCUAAUGAUUGCAUGGACAAUGAUUCAUCUUCUGAAUCUGGCCGAGUUGUGGUGCACAAUGGGUCCGUUGAAUUGGACAUCAGUGAAAUGGAGGUCGAGGAACGCUGGAUGCUGCGGUCAGACUUCAAGAGCAAGAGCCAAGGCUGCUCCAACCCUAUUGCUGGUCCCACCCCCCGCGCUGCCUGCACUAGAGACGGAUCUCCGACAGCUGAAGUAGCUCAAGCCUCCAAGGCCAAUAUUUCGGCCUGGGCAAGGGAUGACGGUUGCCACUGUGGGUCCCCAGGGCGCAACCACGUUGAAGAGAUGGUGGUCGAGUACUCGGACCCUGAAUUGGAUCUGGAGAGCAGUGUGUCGAGCGACAACCCUGCGGAUCCUGAGUACAAACCCAGCGGGCGCUGA